CACUUUAUGCAUACAUUGACAGAAACGGAGCCUGCUGCAGACUGUUUAUCAGACCUCUCCACAGAGCUUCGCAUUUUUCCAACGAAAAAUAAGGAAAACUACAACCCUCUGUCCUUUAUACAUUCACAGAGAGAAAAUAAUUGUUGCGGAUAACGGAAAUAAAUCCCCCUGCGACACCAGCCAGAGGAUAACGAGCAGCUUAGUCGCUCAGAGGGGGUCAGAAUUUGCGUUUUAUUACUAAAAAGCAGUAUGAAAACUAAAUUUAUCAACGGAGUAUCUUCUUCCCCCUCCUUGUCUCUGGGUCUGCUGGUGACCGAAAACGCCCUGCAGGUUCAGGGCGACACCGAGGGGGACUGCAAGGCGUUGGUUCAGCUCGAGCUGCCCGACUUGGAGACCCGCCGCAAGGCUUAUCUGUGGUGCCGGGAGUUCCUCCAUGGAGCCUGGAAGAGCCUUGCCGAGGAACACUUCCACAUCACCAUCAUACGGGGUGGUCUGAGCAACAAGCUCUUCCUAUGCAGCCUCCCCGACAGCCAGCUCUCUGUCGGGGAUGAGCCGCGGAGCGUCCUGCUGCGCCUCUAUGGGGCCAUCCUGCAGAUGUCCUGUAAUAAAGGGGAUUCCCGACAGUCAAACAAAGAAAAUCUCUUCCAAGGGGCGGAGGCCAUGGUGUUGGAGAGUGUGAUGUUUGCUAUCUUGGCAGAGAGGGAGCUUGGACCUAAACUAUAUGGCAUUUUCCCUCAGGGCCGGCUGGAGCAGUAUGUCCCUAGUCGUAAACUGGACACCUGUGAGUUAAGCGACCCCAGCAUAUCAGCAGAAGUUGCAGAGAAGAUGGCCAAGUUUCAUGUAAUGAGAAUGCCCUUCAACAAGGAACCCAAGUGGCUGUUUGGAACCAUGGACAAGUACCUGAGCCAAGUCAUGAGGCUGAACUUCACCAGAGAGUCCCACCUGCGCCGCUACAACCGCCUGCUCAGCUACAACCUGCUGCAGGAGAUGGAUCUGCUCAAGUCUCUGCUGGAGUCCACACACUCUCCUGUCGUGUUCUGCCACAACGACUGUCAAGAAGGAAACGUCCUGCUGCUGAAUGGCCGCCAGAGCUCAGACAAACAGAAGCUAAUGCUUAUUGAUUUUGAGUACAGCAGCUACAACUACAGGGGAUUUGAUAUUGGCAAUCAUUUCUGUGAAUGGAUGUACGACUACAACUGUGAGGAGUUUCCUUUCUUCAAAGUCAAUGCUCAGGCCUACCCUUCAAAGGCCCAGCAGCUGAUCUUCAUUGAAAGCUACCUGUGUGAGUCUGACCAAGGUUUUGACAACCUGAGUGAAGAGGACCAAAUGAGGCUGAUGGAGGAUCUGUAUGUGGAGGUCAACAGGUUCUCCCUGGCGUCCCACUUUUUCUGGGGUUUGUGGUCCAUCAUCCAGGCCCGGCUAUCCACCAUCAAGUUUGGAUACCUGGAUUAUGCCCUGGCCAGAUUUGAUGCCUACUUCCAGCAGAAGAAGAUAUGGGCUAACGGAGCAAAAUAAAUAGAUGGACUGACAUCCCAUUCAGCCAAACAGCAGGUGGAGCACAUGCAGGCUGAUGGAGACUUCACCAUCCGCGCUUCACUUAUAUUCCAUGCCUCGACAGAGUUGCUGGCUGGCUGACUGGCCGCUGUUGGUGUUGUAUUGACCAAAGCCAAAACUUGAUCACGUGGCUAAGUGCUUAAGGUACGCCCCAAAAUCUAUUGCAGCUCAAAGUUUACACUGUGUAACUCCCUGAGAGCCAAAAAAACCACUGACUACUUACCUUCAUCCCUUGUCAGAACUGCUGUCUGCUUCUGCCUUUUUUCGAACCAUUUUACUAACACAAGGGUUUUGAGCAAGAGAGAGGUGGGAACAGCUAGAUUUGAAAUAUUAACAUUGCAUCAAUGUAAAUGUAUUGAUCAUUCCCUUAUGGAAAUGUUCUGCUGGGAAUAACCAAAAUGUGAACUUUGCUUGGUAGAUUCCUGCUUACUAUAGCCGCCAGUUGCCAACUAUGUAUAUUAUAUAUAGACCCCCAAUGUGCCAGUAAUCUGGCCUUGUCUGUUACUGAUGGUGAAAUCAUGACUUGAUUUACAGGUCAGGUUGAAUCUACACUUAUAGGUAUUACACUUGCUGUUUAUUUGAUUUUAUUUGUUUAAAUGGUUGCAUAAUAAAUGUUAUUCAGGCCAGGGCAAAUAUCGGAUGUGAAUAUUUGAGUUCCCUUUACUGGGUAGCUUCUUAACUCCACCAAAUCAAAAAAAUCAAAAACAUGAAUUUCAGGUAUUUCCAAUAAAUUAGAUCUGUUUAUCUUUGGAUUCCUAAAGAGUUCAAAUGUAUGGUAUUUUUAUAAAUCAUUGUGAAGUAGAUUCAUAUCUUCAUGUAGUUUACACAUUAACAUUUGCAUUGUCUGCUUAGGCGAAGACAUUCCAGCCAUGCUUUAUAAGCUUUGGAAAGUGUUGCUUAACACUAGGGAGCUAACUGACCAUAUAUUUGUUUUUUUACUUUUAUAUAUUAUCCAUGAUUUCAAGAAAACAUCACACAGUUCACAUAUGAAUGGUAUCUUUUUGUGUUAAUUGAUUCUUUAGGGAUGUCAUGGGUCAUUGUACCCAGACGUGCCCAUCCAGAAUAAUGACACAAACGCUCAAAUCAUAACACAGCUGACCAGCUCGAUUCUACGUCACCGCACCGAGUCAUUAUUUGUGCUCCAACUAUGCUAUUGUUCACAGAUUGACAGAUUCAUCAAAUGAUGCUAACAGCCUUCUUUUGGCAUUUAACCACACAUACAUAUCUUGAAUUUCAGUUUCUGGACACCAUCUAAUUUUUGUGAUUAUUUCUUUUGUCCUGAUCAGUAUUCCUCUUUCCACCCAAAUUAGGGUCAUUAAAAGCGAGCCUGUUUGCUCACCAUUUCAGUAACAGUGCUUUUAAGACCUAAUUCAUGAAUGCUAUAUGUGACAGUAAAGCUUUUCAUGCUAAAACAUAUGAUCUAGCAUACAGUAUAACAUGUGGAAGGUGCAGGAUCUGGUUUAAAAAAAAGAACAAAAUUAGCCUAUCGCUCAACAACCCUUUUAGCAAAUGUAGCUGAUGCUCAAGCUUUCUUUUCAUCUAAAAUCCAAACAGUAGAUUAAACACUAACAUUUGUUUUAAUUUUAGAAUUGAUGGUUCUCUAAAGUUGUAGAAUGAAGCACUUAUUAGCCAGGGUCCAUCGAUUCUGAUUACAUUAAUGACAACUGAUGCGAGCCGAUUUGGCUAGCUAGCUAAUUUGGCUAAGGAUUUUUUGGAAAUGCUAUUUACGGCUAACUUGUUUUAGUACAAUAACCCCUGUAAAAAGGGGUUCUAAUAAUGUACUUGAAAGCUACACACCUCCUAAUGAUGCAUGUAUAAAAAUAAAAAAGCAGCAAUAUAAGAGAAAAUACCCUUAUGACUUUCCUAAAGUUAGCCUACAUUUAGCAUCCAAGACUAGCUUCCACCCAGUGAGCAGAUAGCCCAUGAUCCAUUGAUUGAUUGAUUGAAAAGUUUAUUAACAGCUUGUAUAUUGGGUACAGUACAGUACAGCUCAAAACAUAUCCAUAUGCUAGUUAUAAACAUCCAUCCAUCUUCUCCCGCUUAUCCGUGGUCGGGUCGCGGGGGUGGCAGUUAUAAACAUGACAUAACAUAAUUCUCCAAACUCCGUAAGCUGAUUAUAACUCUUACAACAACAGUUGCUAAGCCAUGGUUGAACAUUCACUGUUUGGGGUUUAGCAUCGUCUCGUAACACUGAAGUAGAUAGCCUACUUGUUGCUGCAAAUUAUAUGAUACACAGACAAAAAGUUCUAUAACCACCAUAAAGGCUGACUCGUAGCAUCAUAUAUACAUCAGGGUAUCUCUGUCUAGCUGUGAGCACUAAGACAUUGUAUGGAAGCCACACAAUGACUCUGGUGUAGUGUACAGUAGUAAUUGGCUCACCUCUUGUUAGAAUGACUACUGUAACAGAGCUGAGGGAAGUGAGCUGGAUCAUGAAACUUAACAAGACACUACUCUAGUCACCUCAAAGUGGAACAAUCCAGAGGUGUUUGAAUGUCGACUAAGGCACUUUUGAUUUUAGGACCGGAAAUAUCUAUAUAAAAAAUAACAAUAUGUACUUGAGUGUUUUCAUGUGAGGGUUAUCGAAUUGUGAAUGUUGUUGAGAAGGGUUUAUUUUACUUGCAAAUGUAUUUGUAUGUGUAUUUUUAUUGUUAUAUUUUGUUUUCAAUGUGUUUCAUGUUUAGUUUGGAAUUUUUAUUGAUAUUCAAUGGGAUUAGGGAUAUUCUAGCAGCUGAAUGUGCAGUGGAAGAUACUGGAAGUGUUACUGCUACAUCCCUUCUGUAGCAAUAGACUAUUUGAACAUAAUUGCAUUGCUAGGCAACAGCUUGGGUCCAUGACUACUACCUGUCAGAUGAAAUCUCCAAAUACCCUGCGACAGGAAAUUAAUUGGGAUACAUUUAGAAUGUUAUGUUUACAACUAAAAUGUUUCAAAACCAUCUUGUUUUUGUUGUCCUUUACCAUUAUUUUAUAUAUUUGUUAUGGUAGAAAUGCAAUCUGUAACUAUUAGUACAUUCCAUAAUUAUUGCUUCACCUUCAGUAUUGUGUACACUCUACCAAAAUAACAAAACUUUUAAUGUUUUAUUUUUCAAUCAAAUUCUAAUUGGUCAUCAGUAGAAAACAAACAUUGUCUCUUCUGUAUAGUUACAUGAAAUUGACUAACACAAAAUAUCGAUAGUCAUGCUAAAAAUAUCCAAAAUAUAAGGACAAAUGUGUUACAUUAUCAUUCCUAUCAACAUGUUAAUGUAAUACACCUCAUUUUUGUUUAAAACACAUUAUGUUCUGUGACAGCACCCACAAUUAUCAUGUGACCCACAGUGGUAACCUUUUGCUAUCUGAAUGAAUAUGUAAUCAGAUGAUGGACUAUCAUUUGUAAAAAAAAAAAAAAGGUUUCGUGUGACCUGCUGCAGCAUUGAAAUGAUCUUGGCUGUAAAUGACAUUUUCUGCUUUGCACAAACAAUGAUUAAAGUGAAAACAACUGACAAA